UAAAUGGCCUGCUGCAGCUACAGCUACAAGUCGUGGAGGCAAGAAUGACACCGGCGCUCCCCUACAUCAAGACAACUUGAGCGUAAGAACGGAUUUGUUUCAUUAAUUCCUUUAAAAUAAUAAUAAGAUAUAUACCAAAACACGAUGGCGCUCAUCCCUGCAUCUUUACGGACACGGUUAGUGGUGGGUGUUUUUUCGUUCUUUGCAAUGUGGGGAUUUGCGCUCUCCAUCACUCGGUACUCUAUUCCGGAGGAAAUGGAAGAGGGUUCCUUUGUUGCUAAUCUGGCCACAGAUUUGGGUCUGGAUAUUCGCAGUUUGGAGGAGCGCAAAGCAAAACUCGAUGUCAUUCACAGUAAAAAUUACCUCGACAUCAACAAAGAUACAGGGGAGCUGGUUAUCCGCGAGAAGAUAGACCGGGAAAGCAUAUGCAUGACUAAAACAACCUCGUGUUUUCUGAAAAUGGAUGUCAUACUUUCAAGCCCGGUUCGCAUUUUUAACAUCGAGCUGGAAAUUAUGGACAUAAAUGACAACGCGCCGGUGUUUCGCAGAAAGACAAUGCACUUAGACAUUUCGGAGGCAACCCUUCCCGGUGAGAGAUUCUCACUGACAAACGCCGUGGAUGCGGAUGUGGGGGCGAAUUCAAUCAAGACCUACUAUCUCAGUGAAAGCAAAUACUUCAACAUCGACAUCCAGACCGGCAGCGAUGGCUCCAAAUAUGUCGAUUUAGUGCUUAGUGGUAAUUUGGACCGUGAGGAGCAUGCUGUUCACGAUUUAAUUCUAACCGCUGUGGAUGGAGGUGUGCCUCCUCGCUCCGGCACAGCCAGCAUCAUUAUUAACGUCCUGGAUAUCAACGACAACGCCCCCAUAUUCAGUCAGCCGGUAUAUGCAGUCAAUGUCUCGGAGAACUCGGCAGCAGGAACGGUGGUCAUGACCUUAAAUGCAACAGACUUAGACGAAGGCACAAACGCCCAGUUGGUAUACUCACACACACUGUACACAUCGGAGAAGACACAAGAGCUAUUCUCACUUGAUCCAAAUUCAGGUGAGAUCAAGGUGAAGGGGGUGAUCGAUUAUGAAGAGAGUCAGAGUUUUGAGAUGCACAUACAGGCACAGGACAGAGGGACGAACCCUCUGUCCGGACACUGUAAAGUCACAGUGUUUGUGACAGAUCUCAAUGAUAAUUACCCUGAAGUGACUAUCAAGUCUCUGAAAAGUUCGCUGACUGAGGAUGUCUCUGUAGGGACGCUGAUUGCAGUGGUCAGUGUGAGCGACAGGGACUCUGGAGCCAACGGAGAAGUGGAGCUCUCUCUAAAUAGGCAAGAAACGUUACCGUUUCGCUUAAGCAAGUCCUCUGAGGGUUACUUUGAAAUGCUAGUGUCAAAACCACUGGACAGAGAGGUAAUAAGCAAAUAUGACAUCAUACUGAGAGUGACAGACAAAGGUGUGCCACCCUUAUCGGAAAAUGAAACCAUCACUUUGGAGAUACUGGAUAUCAACGACAAUGCACCUACAUUCUCCCAGUCGUUCUACACAAUCCAUGUCAUGGAGAACAAUCCACCGGGGGCAUUAUUGACAUCUCUGAGCGCAUUUGACCCAGAUCUGAAUGAGAACCAGUACUUGGUUUAUUUCAUAAUGGAGAAAGAAAUCGUUAACACUUCUAUGUCGAUGUUGUUUUCCAUCAAUCCUGAGAAUGGUGAUCUUUAUGCCCUGAAGACCUUUGAUUAUGAGAGAGAAAGGGACUUUCUUUUCCACAUUGAGGCAAGAGACUCUGGUGUUCCCCCGCUGAGCACCAAUUGUACCGUACAUAUUAUUAUUCUGGAUCAAAAUGACAACACCCCUCUCAUAGUGUCACCUUGGCGCGCACAGGGCUCUGUUGUAGAGGAGGUGAUACCGAGGUCGACUGAUAAGGGACAUUUGGUGGCCAAAGUGAUCGCCAUUGAUGCAGACUCUGAGCAGAACGCCAGAGUCACAUAUCAGCUACUUCAGAUCAGUGAUUCAACCCUCUUUAGCCUGGAUCAGUACAACGGUGAGAUCCGGACAACAAGGAUGUUUAGUUACAGAGAUCCAAGACAACAGAGGCUGGUAAUUGUUGCUAAAGACAAUGGUCAACCUUCUCUUUCUGCUACUGUCACCAUCAAGAUAUCAACAGUGGAACAUGCAAUGGCCUUUUCAGAAACUACAGAGCUUCCACUAGACUAUGACAUGUUCACUGACCUAAACCUCUAUUUAGUGAUCGGUUUAGGAGCUGUGUCCUUUCUGCUACUGAUAACCAUCUUAGUUAUUAUUGUGCUCAAGUGUCAAAAACCAAAGCCAAAGGCCAUCAAGAUCCCUCCAGCCAAUAGAAAUAGCGUGAUCAGCAGGAACAGCGUGAUCAGCCAGAGAAGCUCCACUAUCGCAGAUUCCACGCUGAUCUCCAGCGAUGCCUACUGGUACAGCUUGUUCCUCGCAGAGACCAGGAAGGGCAAAGUGGUCGUGAGACAGCCCAUAAUUCCCAAAGGAGCUGGGUAUUUUGUUUCCAGCAUACCCAGGAGCAUAGGGCCAAGUGAGACCACAGAUUCCAGAGCAUCAACACUGGAGUACUCAAAAUGAAAGGAAGUCCAUUCUACAACUGGAGCAGGGGCCCAGAAGAGAACUGCCAUGAUAUAAUCAUCUCUUCAUGGGAGUCUUUGGCUAAAAAAUCUUCCCUGUGACUCACAAAGAAGAUGUAAAAAAAAAAAAAAAAA